GCCGUAGUCCUAGCGGCAGAUUUAAAUUAUUAAACCAAAAUAUCCAUUACAACGAACAGGUUGCGCAAGCGGUGGUCAACGAGAUUAAACAUCGACGUUUUAUAGCUUGUUCUGCUACCACUCACGUUUUGGUAUCUAAACCAUUUUAGUCAUCGUGAUAUAGUUGUAUAGUUAAGGUUUGCUUGCUUAAAGUAAAAUGAUACUUCGAUCUAGAAGAACACCCGCUCGUCCAUCGAAGGAGGCCGUCGUUACCCCCACUUCCACUCGGCGCAGCCUUCGUCCUCGCUCGGCAAUACGAACAAGAGCAGCGAGCCGAGAAGAGGCGGUCAUCGAGUGCGAACUGCAGUUCUCUGAUGAGGAAAGCAUCCCCACUGUUGCCAAGCGUCCCAAAAUCCCGGCUCGAGCUCGAAGGAGGGCGGCCGCAGCGCAGGACAGCGAAGAUGUGGACUUUAAGACCCCCGUCCGCGGGCGGCAGCUGCGGGUGCAUUUUCAGGAGGACAGCCUGUCCCCUAACCCUUCGACCCCUAACCCCGCCGUGCGGAACAUCUACUCGCCCAUCGUUCGAUUCCUGACGCCAGUUAAGAACGGUGUACAGUCUCCCGCCUGUGGGCUGAUGAGUCCGGAGCAGUGUGUGUUCGGCUUCGACGCCCUCAGCCCUCUGUCAGACGACGAAACCAACGACGAGGUGUUCAACCCGUACGCCUUCAUCAAGAACAUUCCGUCACACUCCCAGCAGUCCCGGCCCUGCGUGAGGGACAUUCCGAUUAAGACCCGGAGCGUCCCGGAGGCCACGCUGGUCUUGGACCUGGAUGAGACCCUGGUGUUCAGCACGCUCAGUCACCUCGAUAACGCAGAGUACACUUUCCACACUUCCUUUCAGAAUCACAAGUACAAAGUGUACGUCAUCCUAAGACCCCACGUCCAGAAGUUUCUGCAGAAAAUGUCAAAGAUAUUUGAGAUGUUUGUCUACACGUCAGCGAAAAGACAGUAUGCGGAAAAGAUUCUGGAUGUCCUGGACCCACAGAAAAAGCUAUUCCGACACCGCCUGUACCAGGACGACUGUUUCUGCGUCCUGGGCCACUACGUUAAGGACCUGGGCCUGCUGCAGAGGGACCUGGCCAAAACCGUGGUGCUGGACGACGCCCCCCACGCCUUCCCUUAUCACGUGAUGAACACGAUCCCCAUUCCCAGCUGGGUGGGCGAUAAGAGUGACAGGGAGCUGCUGAAGCUCAUUCCGUACCUGGAGAAGCUGUCUGAAGCGGAGGAUUUCCGGCAGGUGCUGAAGAGAAGGACAGAUCAUUUGCACCGGCUGCUCUCUGAAGACUGAGGUGUGGAGGCGCGGCCUCUGCCAGCGAUACGCUCCGGCUCGAGACGCCGUGAGAGGCUCCCUGUAACAAUCCGAUGUGGAAUGGCGACACCUGCUGCUCGCAGGAGAAAGUGCAGCCCUUGUGCGCUAUAUUUCAGAACGGAUUUCACACCAGUUGAACCAGUUGAAAGCCCUUGAGCUUGAAUUUUUGUUGUUGUUUUUUAAGAAAAGACUUGAUUUAAAAAAUGUGCGAAAAGUUCCAAAACGCCUGUUUUCUGUAAGCAGGGAAUUGGAGCAAACUACAGCAGGAAAUCAAUAGCUCAAGUCGUGCCCUGCUGGACAAUGUUGGAAGCUUUCGUCCCGUUUUUCAUUGUUUUCCCUAAUUUAUUAAUUUGAUAUUUUUCUUGAUCUAUGUGUAUUUGUGUGAUUGCUGCCGGUUUUAACGCUAAAAUAAACCCGUAUGACAUA